UCGCCUACCGAGUCUUUCUUCGCCAUUAGUAAUUACUCAUCUUAUCUAUCUAGCUACGAUGGGGAAGAAAAUGCGAAAGGCGUCAAGCACAAACUGUGAUGAAAAAAUAGUGCUGAACAAGAAAGCAGUUCAAUGCCACAGCAAUUCGAUCAAAGUGUCAAAGCCUAAAGUCUACAUUACCGACAUCUCCAGCUUCAAGACCCUUGUCCAGGAGUUGACAGGGAAAGCGGUCACCAGAUCUUACUCUCCUCCGCCGUCGUCAGCACAAGAAAUGUCGCCGGCGGGCCGGUGGGGAUUCGUUCGUGAAGACAACGAGCAACGAGAGUUGAUGGAAAGUAGCGGGGAGUCGUUUUCAGCCGUGGAUAUUGCUGCUGCAUAUGAUUCUCCGCUGUUGAUCGGAGGAGGAGGAGAAAUAUUAAUUGGGAAGCACGAGCUCGAGGAGUACUAUAACACGGCGGCCGAGCCAGCAGCAGCGUCGUUUUCUUCUUUCCCGACCGCGCAGCUGCCGUGGGAGGACGGGCUGUGGAAUAUUGAACACGUGUCAUGGGAUCAUGUAGUACAGGUGGACGCCGGAAGAAGCUAUGAUUGGAUGGCGACGAAUAUCCCGGCCGAGAUGGGUGACGUGGAGUCGUGGCUUUUCGAUGGUGAUCGUUUCCCUCCUAUGCCCACCGCUACACUUUGCUGAGUCCAUCCAUGUAAUUAAUAUGCUUCAUUCUUUUCCUUCUUUUUUUUCUCCUUCUUCAUAUUUCUUACUUUUUUCAUUAUUUUUUCCCAUUUAUCGGAUUACUAUGUGUACGACAAUGUACUCAAUUUCAUUUAUGAUUAUGUAUUAAAAAUAUUUGGACCCAUGUUUAUUGUUUGUGGAUGUAGCUUACAAUAUUUCAGCUUAAUUAAUGUUUGACAAUUCC